AGUACACAGUUUCGAACACAUCCCGCGAGUCCAGGGGCUUCGUUUGGGACUGCGCCAACGUCAUGUUCGGGACCAUCGUUUUGAACGGUUUUGAACCACUACUAAACAGUUCUGUUUUGAACCAAGCAAUAACAACACCAGUGCAUUAUGGGAUAUGUUCCCUUAGCAUUGCAACCCCUGUUGAAACCAAGAUGGCUGAAAUUAUUUUGUGUAGAACGGGGAGUGACACGAUACACAAAUGAAACAUAAAUCAUUUAAAGAAGCAAACUAGCAAAUAGACUAAAUAGACCGUUUCUACAACAGUAAUACGUAUUACCGAAAUUGUGGCCAGACCUUGGAGGGACGUGCGUACCCAGACAUAUACACAGACACGCACAACUGAGGGAGAAAGUCUCGUAUGAAUUCCGACGAGAAGCAGGACUGUGAGUGUGCGCCACCACAGGCCGAAGCUACCCCUGCAGGAGAACACGACAGGUCGGUCACUAGAGGAAUCUGAUAUAGAAAACCCUGAAGCAAGCCGAAUGAAGCGAGCGGCUGCGAAGCAUCUGAUAGAGCGCUACUACCACCAACUAACGGAGGGCUGCGGAAAUGAGGCCUGCACCAACGACUUCUGCGCUUCCUGCCCGGGCUUCUGCCGCAUGGACAACAACGCGGCCGCCGUGAAGGCCCUGGAGCUGUACAAAAUGAACGCCAAGCUGUGCGACCCUCACCCUUCCAAAAAAGGAGCCAGCUCCGCCUACCUGGAGAACAGUGCCAAAGGACCUCGCCCCAAGUCGGCCUGCAGCGACAGGAAGAUGAACCACAGAGACCUGCACCCCAUCAGGGACGACCUCAAAGAUUUGAAUUACCUGACAGAGGAGAAAGUGUAUGAGAUCCUGGACAUCUGCAGGGAAAAGGAGGACUACUCCCCAUUGAUCCGUGUGAUUGGCAGGAUCUUCUCCAGCGCGGAGGGCCUGGUGCAAAGCUUCCGCAAGGCCAAACAUCACACAAAGGAGGAGCUCAAGUCCCUCCAGGCCAAAGAUGAGGACAAGGACGAGGAUGAGAAGGAGAAGGCCGCCUGUUCUGCCACGGCCAUGGCCGGGGCAGUAGAAGGUGCCUCUGAAGGAGACUGCAGUGCACAAAAGCUUGGCCCCGACGAGGUUUCGGUGGACAUCGAUGCUGUGAGGCGGGUCUACAGCAGGCUGCUGGCCAAUGAGAAGAUCGAGGCAGCUUUCCUAAACGCCCUGGUUUACCUUUCACCCAAUGUGGAAUGUGACCUGACCUACCACAACGUGUACUCGCGGGACCCCAACUACCUGAACCUUUUCAUCAUCGUGAUGGAGAACAGCAACCUCCACAGCCCCGAGUAUCUGGAGAUCGCCCUGCCUCUCUUCUGCAAGGCGAUGAGCAAGCUGCCCCUGCCGGCGCAGGCCAAGCUGGUGCGGCUGUGGUCGCAGUACAGUGCUGAGCAGAUCCGCCGCAUGGUGGAGACCUUCCAGCAGCUCAUCACCUAUAAGGUGAUCAGCAACGAGUUCAACAGCCGCAACCUGGUCAACGACGACGACGCCGUGGCCGCGGCAACCAAGUGCUUGAAAAUCGUCUACUAUGCAAACGUCCUGGGCGGGGACAUUGACAUGGGACACAACGAGGAGGAGGACGAGGAGCCCGUCCCGGAGUCGAGCGAGCUCCAGGAGCUGCUGGGAGAGGAGCGGCGGAACAAGAAGGGCCCCCGGGUGGACCCGCUGGAGACGGAGCUGGGCGUUAAGACUAACGACUGCCGGCGACCCCUAAUCCCCUUCGAAGAGUUUGUCAACGAGCCGCUCAAUGACGUGUUGGAGAUGGACAAGGACUACACCUUUUUCAAGGUGGAGACUGAGAACAAGUUCUCCUUCAUGACCUGUCCCUUCAUCCUCAACGCCGUCACCAAGAACCUGGGCCUGUACUACGACAACCGGAUCCGAAUGUACAGCGAGAGGCGCAUCACGGUCCUCUACAGCCUGGUCCAGGGCCAGCAGCUCAACCCUUACCUGCGGCUCAAGGUGCGCAGGGACCACAUCAUCGACGACGCCCUCGUCAGGCUUGAGAUGAUUGCCAUGGAAAAUCCUGCAGACUUGAAGAAACAGCUCUACGUGGAGUUCGAGGGAGAGCAAGGCGUAGACGAAGGAGGAGUUUCCAAAGAGUUCUUUCAGCUUGUAGUCGAAGAGAUAUUCAACCCAGAUAUUGGAAUGUUCGCGUACGACGAAAGCACAAAACUGUUCUGGUUUAACCCGUCCUCGUUUGAGACAGAGGGCCAGUUCACUCUAAUUGGCAUUGUCCUCGGCCUCGCCAUUUACAACAACUGCAUCCUGGACGUGCAUUUCCCCAUGGGGGUCUACCGCAAGCUGAUGGGCAAGAACGGAACCUUCCGGGACCUGGCCGAUUCUCAUCCGAUCCAGCACCAGAGCCUGAAGGAGCUGCUGGAGUACGAGGGCAGCGUGGAGGAGGACAUGAUGAUCACCUUUCAGAUCUCGCAGACCGACAUCUUCGGGAACCCCCUCAUGUAUGACCUCAAGGAGAACGGAGACAAGAUCCCCGUCACCAACGAGAACAGGAAGGAGUUUGUGGCUCUGUACGCCGAUUACAUACUGAACAAAAGCAUAGAAAAGCAGUUCAAAGCGUUCAGAAGAGGUUUUCACAUGGUCACAAGCGAGUCGCCUCUAAAGUAUUUAUUCCGGCCUGAGGAAAUCGAGUUGCUCAUCUGUGGAAGCAGAAACCUCGACUUUCAAGCGCUUGAAGAAACAACAGAAUAUGAUGGGGGCUACACCCGGGAGUCCCACAUCAUCAAGGACUUCUGGGAAACGGUGCACUCGUUCGCAGAGGAGCAGAAGAGGCUAUUCCUGCAGUUCACCACUGGCACGGACCGGGCCCCCGUGGGAGGCCUGGGCAAGCUGAAGAUGAUCAUCGCCAAGAACGGCCCCGACACGGACAGGCUCCCGACUUCCCACACCUGCUUCAACGUCCUCCUGCUUCCUGAGUACAGCACCAAGGAGAAGCUGAAGGAGAGACUGCUGAAGGCCAUCACGUACGCCAAGGGCUUCGGCAUGCUGUGACCCCCCCAACCCCCCCACCCCCCACCCCGGGACAAGGCAGAGAACUAAUAACCCCCGUCCCUGUCCCAAAAAAAAACAAAUGUACCAUCUCAAAAAAGGAAAAAAAAAAGAGAAAAAGA